AUGAAACCGAACCCGCUCAAUAAGAUCAUCUUCCUUUCGGCGGUGCUUGCGCUGGGGUUCCUCCUCAUCCUCCUUUCAUGCGCCCUCUACAACAACUACCACCCGCUCUGGGUGAUUUUGAUCUUCCUUUUGGCGCCGUUGCCCAAUAUUGUGGCCAGUUCCGUGGCCAACUCUCGGGACAACUUCCUCACGUUUCAGGAUAAUAACGCCCCGCUGGCGUUUCUGGAGUUCUGCGGGACGCUCACAGGGUUCUUGGUGGUACUGGGUAUCGCCUUGCCGUUGACCUUCUACCAUUGUGGAACGAUCGGAAUGGGGUCAAUGAUCAUGAGUAUGACGGGUGGGUUGAUUGUCUACGCCGACAUCAUUAUAUUCAUCUGGUUCUUCUCCGAGGAAAGCGAGGAAAAUGACGAUUUUAAUUUCUAA